AUGCUAAAAAACACACUUGGGGGAGUUGUCACAAAGCUUGUGUCAAUGCUUAACUGGACUUACACAUCUGUCUUUGGUAAAACAGGAUCUAGUGAUUUACCAGAGUCACCAAAGAAAAAUGAUUUAAAACAGUUAUCUUCAGACUGUCUUGAAAAAGAUGCAGAUGAGAGCAUGUUUUCUGCAUCUUUAGCACCUCAUUUGCUUGGAUAUACACCACAAGCAGUGCGUAUUCGUCAGGAUCAUUUUAAAAAUGAGUCUAGUCAAGAAGGAUCAAGGAAGCAAGGGAUUUUAACAGAGUCUGCUGCGAUAAAAAAGCAAGAACCACAUAUAACAUUCAUUUCUUCAUAUAAUACAAAUGGUACUCAAAAAACACAAGAUCCUCUUCGUUCUACUAUGUGUACGAAUAAGGAGAAAUGCCUGGAAUACAAUAUAGGAAAAGUUAGUCCUAAUAAAGUUACUGAAUUUUCUGCAGAUCACACUAAUUAUGGGUUAAAAAAUGAUUCUAAGAAGCUACAAAGAAAGAACAAUUCUAUAAAUAAUCAUAUGGUAUUUGAUUGGACUCAAUGGCCAAGAAAUUCUUCUACAGGGAUUCUUACAGCUUGGCGUGAGAUUUGCCGACAGCAAGAAAUCACCUUAAAAAAUAGUAUUACAGAAUUACAGCUUUGUAAAAGCAAAUCAAUGUUUAUAAAAGAGAACACGCCAAUGAAAAAUUUAACUACAAAUCUAGAAACAAAAUUACUGAAUACAAAAAGUAAUGAUACAAAACUUAAUGAUUUCAAAAAAGAAAAAAGGAAUAUAAUUCAAAUACCAGAAAAACAUAAGAAUUUUCAUAAUAGGUUCAAUGCAUCAAAAAACAACGUUGUAUGUACUGCACACAAUUUACAAACAAAUAAUAUUGAGAAUUUAAAAUCUUCGAAGAGAAAAAAUAUAAAACCAAGAAAAAUAUCAGAAAGCUAUCGAAUGACAAAUUUUACUAGUAUACAAGAUAAGGAAAUAAACCAUAAACGAAAUAAAUCAUGUAAUUUUUUACAAAAAAGUAAAGAAAUGACUAUACAAAAAGAAAAUUCGAGCUCUCAGCCAGCUAACGUUAUAAAAGAAUAUAAAAAAACAUAUAUUAUGCAGGAGAAACCAGUAUUGAAUUAUAAUGUGCAGGAGAAUAGAAAUUCUGAAAACAUUAAUAACAAAAAUAUUAUAAAGUCAAAUGAAAAAUUAAAUACAUUACUGGAAAUAUCCAAUUCUCAAAAUAAUUCACUUUUUGUAAAUAGUCAACAUAAACGGAAAAGAUCAGGAUAUUUUUCAGCACUAGAAGAAGAUUUGGAAGAAAUAUUUGGUCCAUAUGAUGAUAUAGAUGAUGACAGAAUAGUUUCUAAAAGAAAAAAAUAUAAUGAAACAAAUGAUGUAGAUUUUAAAGGAUUAACUAAUAAUUUACAAAAACGUAGUGCAAACUAUCAACAACCAUACUUUCAACCACGAAUGCCGCUUUUAAAAGAAUCUAUAGAAACUAAUACGCCUGAAAUCCAGAAUUCUCAUAACAUAAAUAAUACAGAAAAAUCAAAUUUAUCUAUAUUUUCUUUGAAAACUAAACAAAUGUUUAGCGACAAAAACAAUGAUAUUAGUAAUUCUGAAUCGAAUUUGAAUACGCAAAACAAUAACAUUAUAAAUUUUACUGAAAAAAGCAAAGAUAAUAAAGAAUGCAAAAUAUCACAGUUUAACACAAACACCGACUUUUUAACAACGACAAAAAGUGACCAGAAUGACAAAAAAUUACUAGAAGCUAAUAAUUUGAUAAUAGCAGAAAAUCAAACACCUAUUAAUAUUACAAAUUCUUCUCAGCAUAAUUUAAAUGAUACUUCUGUUCCUUUUUCGUUUAAUCUUGAUAAAGAGAAUCCUUCAGUUGAAAAAGAAGCACAUAAACGUACUUCUAUCUCUUCAAACCAACAAUUUACUUUCAAUACAAGCCCACAAAAAAACGAAGACUCUUUAAAUGAAAAAAAGGUUGAGCCGAUAAUCACGUCAUCUUUUGAGUCCUUCAUUACCGAUACAAAUAACACAAAGCUCCAAAACACUGCACCUUUGGAGCAUAAAGUGCCAGUUUUUACAUUUAAUACUAACAUUAACAAAGCGUCAGAUGUUUCACAAAUUGAUAAUGUUAAACAAACAAAUAAUUUAGAGAAAAAAACACAUACUUUUUCUCUAAAUACGAACACUUUUCAGCAAUCACAUGAUCUUACAAAAAAUCAUGCCUCAAUUCCCAUUAAGUCUGCAGCAGAUACAGUUAUGGAAAUGGAUUCUUCUCCUGAAAAAAAAGAGACAGAAUCACAAUCUAAAUUGACUAACUUUAAUUUUACAACUCCUGUGCCAGAUACAAAGAAUAUAUUGUUUGAAUUUAAAAAUAAUCAAUUAGAUUCUUUUAAUAAAAAAGAUUCUAAGGCAGACGAGUCUUUAAAAUUAAAUUCUAAUAAAGAUGCUUUUAAACAGGAAACUUCAAACAGUUUUACUUCUGUAUUAAAAAGUCCAAAAAUAGUUACUAAUACUUCAGAGAUUUUUGUUGAAAAAUCAUCACAACCAGAAGUACAAAAUGAUGAACAAAAGACUUUACAAUCUAAUAAAGAUAAUGUAAAAAAAGUAUCAUCAGAGCAAUCGUUUUCAAUAGACAAAUCUUCAGAACUUUCUAAUCUAAAAAAUGUGCCAUUUUCAUUCAAACCAUCAACUACAGAAGACAAUAAAUCACAAACUUCAUCGUUUUCUUUUUUUGAAUCAACUAAUAAUUUUACUUCUCAAGAAAAACAAUCUGCUCAAACUAAUACAACUAGUGGGGAACAGAAAGAUGUAUCUUCCAGUAACAAACAUGAAUUUAAUUUCACUAAACUGAAUCAAUCGAAAUCAACAUCUUUAGAAUCGAACCAAACAUCAGCAGUACCUUUUGCAUUUGGACAGAAUACUCCACCAGUAAAUACUGCAUCUAAUGUUACUACAACACCCAUCUUUUCUUUUGGAACAAUGAAUCAGCCUAAACAAGAGUUUUCAUUUGGCCAAUCAACACCUAAUACUUUUUCAUUUCAGACAACGUCAAAUAAUCCUCCUGUUUUUCAAUUUGGCGGAAAUGAGAAUAAGACAAAUACUCAUGAAUUUACGUUUAAUCUAAAUAAUCCGACAUCAUCUGGAUCAUUAGCUUCACCUUCAUCACCUUUUGUAUUCGGACAGUCUAUAACUAACUCUUUGAGUCAGCAAACAGCGCCAUCUUUCAACUUUGGAGUAAAUACGCCUACACUCAAUACAUAUUCUCAAUUUCAACCACAGACGCAAACACCAAAUACAUCUUUUUCAUUUGGCACUCACCAAAACACUGUAUCACAAGAGUCUGGUGUAUCUAGUCCAAAUCCCUUUGCAUUUACAUUUAACACGCCACAAAGCUCUAUUUCUGGACGUAAAAUCGCCGCCCCAAAAAGUAGGCUACGGCGUAGAUAA